AUGGCAGCUGAAUCGAACACUGGGUUUCCCCCCGGCCAGACUUUGGGCGCUGCACUUAAUCGACAUGCCAUAUCGUUUCAAUCGGGUGCGAUAAACAGCACUUCUGAAAUGAUUCCUAUGGGAAAUUACUAUGGGCAUGGGGUAAAUAGUAUGGGGGGCAUGACGUUUUCUGGGAAUUCAAGUAUUAUGAAGAACAAUUCAGGAAUUGCGACAGAAGCUGGGAAUUCCUCUCCUCUUCUGCUGGAUUCCAUGCCAGGGCUCAAGCACGAUAGGGGUUUCGCUGUGGAGUGGUCUGUUGAGGAACAGUACAAGUUGGAGGAAGACCUUGUCAAGUUUAAGCUUUAUUUUUUCUUAUUGCUCCAAGGUGAAGAUUUGUUCAAGGUGAUGGAUUCUUCUGAAAUCUAG